CGCCGCCGCUGCAGCCGCCGCCGCCUCUCUGACGGCUUCGACAGCUUUGCCACCUAUUUCGGAAGGGUGCUGCAGCGGGUCCAGGAGGGCCUGAGCCUCUCGCAGGAGGCCGUGAACGUCAUGGAUUCGUUCGUGAAGGACAUCUUUGAGCGAAUCGCCGACGAGGCGGCGCGCCUGGUCCGCUCCAGCAAGCGCUCCACCCUCACCUCCAGAGACAUGCAGACCUCCGUGCGCCUGCUGCUGCCUGGGAAGAGGGGCAAGCACGCCAUAUCCAGCGCCACCAAGGCAGUCAUUCGGUACAUAACCGGCAAAUGAGCUGCCUCCGGACCACCUGAGCAUCGCAGACCAAAGGAUCUUUUCAGAGCCUCCUCAGUUUUCUUAAUAAGAACUGUAUUCUGAUAAACUUUGAUCGACUUUAUUUUUUAAAGUGUGUCAUCCUGCUAAUUUCUAAACAUCUUUUUUACAAAGAACUAAAUAUUAUCAACUACAUUUUAAUAUAUCUAUGGUCUAAUUUGCUCAAAAUGAAAUAGUGAGUUUUGUUCAAUAAUGUUGCAUUAUACCACUUUACUAAAGAGUGAGUUCUUUUAUCUUUCUAGGUCAACCUUUCACAGGGUCUGUAAGAUAAAGUUAUUUACCUUUUUCACUCUCAUUUUCUCAUGAAUGUAUGGCAAAAUUUUCCAGAGAUUCAUUAUGUACCGUAAUGACAACAAAUUAAGUGCAGGAACAUGUAUAAGAAUUCAACAGACAUAUUAGAAGAGAUAUUA